CAAGGGGCUCGGCUUUUUCCGGAGACAUUGGGCGACAGGGAUUGCCAUGGUUGCCGCCUUUCGGCAGUUUCCGUGCACUGACUGACACAAAGGGGUCUGACUGAGAUGGUGAGUGUGGGGCCUCGGCUCCAGCGCCGGGCGGCGGCGGCGGUGGGAGGAUGAUGAUGAGCGGGGCUGCAGAGAGCGGCCGGAGGGGCCCACUGGCCGAAAAGGCUUUGUCCGAGUCGUACGGGCGGCUGCGUUACAACGACACGUCGCUGGUGAUCUGGACGCAACAGCAACAGGAGCUGGAGAAGCGGGCGCUGGGCUCGGGGCCCGGACCCGGGGCGGACAGUUUCCUGGGCCGAAGCCAGAGCAUGUGGUACCGACAGUACGGGAACCAACCCGUGCUGAUCCAGGACAAGAGCAAAGUGGUCACGGUCCCGGGCCCGGCCCGCUCACAGUUCUGUUCGCUCAUGUGAAAGGAAUUCGGGGUUUUACAAUGGCCGGGAGUUUCAUCCACGACCAGGGCAAUCAUCUAUCCGCGUUUGACCCUUGCAAAGCAAUGGACUCAAUCAGCCAGCGGCGUUGUUGGAUCCGGACGAAGAAUCUCGACUCCAAAGGUCACCUCUUCCUAAAAUUCCCCAGAGAGACGUUACUCUGGGUUACUCCAGUAUUCUGUGCCUAUCUCUGGCGCUCUCAAUUCUGCACCAAAUGAAACAACUCUGCCCUUGAAUCAGCUCACCCUUGUGUCUUCACAUCCGAGGUCCAUCCGUUGGAGCACCCCACCACCCCCGUGUGUGUGUGUGUGUGUGUCAUCUCACUCACAGUGGCCGUCUACAACGGGGGGUCAACCAGCACCUGGAGUAACGGACCUGUCUCUGGGUCACUCGGGAUCCGGCACUAACCCGUUUCAACUCGUCGUCAACUCGACAGCCCAUCUGGUCGGUUGCUUUGGAUUAUAGAACCCUUCCAGCGUUUAUAAUUGGCUCAGAUAUGAACCGGUCAGUGGGGUUUCAGUCGGGCGCAGCUAAUGAUAAAACAACGAACAAGCCAAUUAUAAACUGUGGCCGAAGCUCUCGUUCAUCCACCCACCAACAGCUAUUAACUGUGUAUUUAUUUAUUUAUUUAUUUGUGUGUGUGGUGUGUGUGUUUAUUUAUUUAGUUGUAGAUUGUCGCUGGCUGAAUGGAUGCCCCACUAUAACAGUGGCCAUGUGGAACUGGGGGUAUUUAAAAACAAAUUAAAAGCGGCGACACGAGUGGAAAGUCAGGUCUGAAGCACUAGAUGUUUUUAAGAAGGGACUGCAGAUGCUGGAAAAUCGAAGGUACACAAAAAUGCUGGAGAAACUCAGCGGGUGCAGCAGCAUCUAUGGAGCGAAGGAAAUAGGCAACGUUUCGUCCCGAAACGUUGCCUAUUUCCUUCGCUCCAUAGAUGCUGCUGCACCCGCCGAGUUUCUCCAGCAUUUUUGUGUACCUGAAGCACUAGAAUCUUUGAGGCUGCGGCUCAGACAAGCACAGUAGACCAGCUCCACCGCGGGUUCAAAGUAUAUUUUAUUUUUCUCUUCCAAAUAUGAAAUUCAUAGUAUUUUUGUGCAACUACGGUAUUUUUGCAGUUUCGCUUUUUUUGUUUUGUUUGUUUUACUCGCUGCGUUCUCAUAAACAUCUGACAACUUUGUAACAUCUAUGACAACUUUGUGUAAAUGGUGAAUCUGCCUGUUGGAGCAUUGACAUGAGCGACUUAAAUGUCAGCAUUUGGCGACAGUCAUUGCGCUCCAGGGACGCCUUGUCUUCAGUAAUAAUAUUAUCAGAGACUUGGCUUUAAUGGAGACUCUGGCAGUCUGGAACAGGUAACAAAUGAAAUGCAAAUAUUGAAAACCUGAAAUAAAAACAGCAAACACU